UCUUGUGCGGUGGAGGAGUGGCUCAUUCAUGUGAUCGAUCUCAUGUGGACAUUUGCUUCAAGAGUGACUCAUUUUUUGAAAUUUACGAUGCCAAGAAACUGGCGAUGGAUACUAAGUGAAGGCUGAUUGUAGAGUUCUAAGAGGGCGGAAGCGAUUAUCGCAGUGUGUGAGUAGAACUCAAUCCUUAUGUUUUGUGACUGAACGGAAUCGUGCUCUGUUGGCUGUGUGAGUAUAUCAUGUGGUGUUGAAUGAAGUGCCUUGGGAGCUGAGAUAACGCUUAUCUCUCACAAUUGCUUUCCUCAUCAGUCAUAUCGAUGCUUCAAAGCAUCAUUGAAUGCCCGUAAAUUCGACAGGAAUUAAAGGAACCUUUCAUCUAAAACUCGGUCUCAGUUUGGUGACCAUCAUGAGUGCCAUUUCGCGCCUGUUAAGUGAUCAAGAAAACCGCAUGAUCAAAGAUUUCAUGGAACCCACUCAACACAGUUUGGCCACAACUGUGGCCAAACUUCAUCUCACUUCACCCGUUUCAAGACAUAAGGAAUGGACUACCACCGCAAUUGGCGUUGUUUGCUACAUCAAGGAUAGAAAGGCUCGUUCGUAUUUUAUUAAGUUCUACGAUAUGACGAAGCGAGUUUGCGUCUGGGAUCAAGAAGUUUACCGUGGCAUGAAAUAUAGGGCGGCCCAUACUUGGUUUCAUAUGUUUGAGGCCGAGAAUUCUAUUGCGGGGAUAGAAUUUGUGGACGACAACGAGGCCACAUUAUUUAAUCAAGCAAUACAAUUGCGAUUAGAUCGAUCAAAAAUGGUUGAAAUCAAGAAGAAGGAGUCAAAAUUGGCCUAUUCAGAUGGUCUGAGGCAGGAAAAUAUGGAUCCGGAGACUUUACCCCAUUUCAAGACACAGCCCCCACCAUUGACUUAUGCUUCGAAACUAAAUGUAGAAUCGCCACCUAUAAAUACGACAAAAAGGAAAAGGAAGUCCAAGAAAAAAAAGAAAAAAGGCCAAGAAAAAAGCUAUACGAAAGAGGACAUUUCAAAGCCAACCGGGUUUGUCCAUGUAUCGGGUGUGAAGAGCUCUAGCGAGGGUUUUCAAAUGGUGGACAAUUCAAGUGAGAUCGAUCCUCGUAUUCAAGAAUUUCUGAAAGUGGCAGGAUUGAGCGAGGAAUAUUUCAAAGACCCUGAACAACGGAGAGAGAUCGAAUCGUUCGUUAAAACAAAUAAUGUGAUCAAAACUAUGGAUCAUAGACAAUCAAGGAUCAUUACCAAACGAGAGGCUCCGAAAGGACCCAAACCCAAACCCGAAAUCAAAAUCAUCCACAAUCUUCAACUAGCAUCUCCAGCAUCACAACCACCCAAACAACAAACGCACUACGCCCCAGGGUAUGGAACCAUUCCUCGAGCUCGGAUGUCUAUGACCAAUCGACCGCAAAUUCCGGACAUGACGGCUUACUCAUCUUCUUCUGCUGUGACUCCUCCAUCAGUGGCACCAAUCACGCAUAGGUCCCAAACGAAUACAUCCAAAGCUCCAGCACCUCCAACACCAGUUCGAGCUCCUCCAGUUCGGGCUCCUCCAGUUCGAGCUAUUCCAGUUCCAGCGUCUUCAGCUCCAGCAUCCUCUGCAUCACCUCCACUGGCACCGGCUACACUACCUCCACCAGCACCGCCAAAUGGAAUAAAGCCUUCGACACAACACUCAACACGCAAUCUUAUUGCCCCUGAGAAUGGUCGUGGAGACCUGAUGGCUGAGAUUCGAAAACGUGGAGGUGCUGGUACAGCCGGACUGAACAAAGUGAGCGAAAGAGCCAAACACGAAAAGUCCCCGAUUCGAGGAGAAGACAAUUCUUUGACAGCCAUCUUGAAGAACGCCUUAACUUCGAUUCAGGCUGCAAAUUUAGGUUCAUCAUGUGAGGAUUCCAACGAUGAUGAUGAUGAAUAUAAUAGCGGCAGUUGGUCAGAUUCGGAGACCAGUUGUUAGUUAAGGGCUCAUCUUAUUAUGUGAGGCAUUUUGAAAAGAAAAUGCCACUCCUACCUCAAUUAAAGGAAAAACAAGUUCUUUGAAACUGUGAGAGCGCCAGAAAAUAUUUCAACGUAUAUGGACGUGCUGAGCCCAAUAAUUAACAUCUUGCAAGUGUCGGUUAUUAAUUGAGGUGAUUUAGAAAUACAAUAUGCGCAACACGAAAAUUAA